UGAUUUUUUUUUGGUGAGCUGGAAUUCACUUUGAUUAUUGCAUUGAAAAUGCAAAACAAUAUUUGUUGUGUAACAUCUUUGGUAGUGUUGUGAGCUGUGACAUAUUUUUCCCCUUCACGACCGUCUCGGGAACCAAUGGUGAAUAGAUAGAUAAUAAGAGAAAUAUGACAAUUGGAUGAAACAAGAAAGAGUUGAAAUCUGAAAAUGGUCUGCGACAAAUGUUUCCAUGUCUCUUUCAUCUGACAAGCCCACUCUCUCCGGCUACUGAAAUGGGAAUCACAAAGGCAACAAGUAGUUAUGGCUCUAUCUAUCUAUGGUCCUCUAAAAUUGGUUUCACGUUCAAAACAGAGCAUAAAACAGAGCAUUCAAAGCUUCCUUCACCACCUCCAUGUGCAUCGUGGCUUCACUAAACAAUCACUGUUAAUAUUUAACAAAUAUGCCCUAAUAUCCCAUGUGUUUCCUGCACAUGCCUUCACGUCUCCAUAUAUAUACCCAACUUCUCUUCUCUUUUCUUCAGCAGAAUCAAGAAACAUGGCAUUCCCUGAAACCAAACUUCAAAUGCCCAUUAGAUCUAUAAGUCUUCCAUCAAGAAUCCACCAUCCUUCUGCUAAGUUUCAAGCUGCUCUCUCUCAGAUUCAUCUUUUCCAAAACUCAUCUGAUUCACAAUCUCUUCAAGCCUCAUUACUCAACCUCUCUGAGCUUUACCAUUCCCUUCACCAACUCAAUCACUCUCUUCCCACAGCUCAAGCUGAACAUUCUCUUGACGUGUCCGCCACGUUACUAGACUCUUGCGACGCAGCGAGAAACCUAAUCCUAACACUCAGAGAGCAUCUCCUCAAUCUUCAGUCUGCGCUUAGGAGAAAGGAUAAAUCCAUGGAAGUUCAGAUCAAAGAGUACUUUUCCUUCAGGAAAAAGAUCAAGAAAGAGACUAACAAGCUUCUUCUUGGCCUCAAGAAGUUAGAAGGAUCUGAGACCACCGACUUAGCCGUCUCUAUCUUCCGCUCUCUUUUCAUGUUCCUGUCGACAACAUCGACCGUAAAGACAAAGACAUGUUCUCUCAAAUUCGUCUCCAAGCUGAUCAGUGGUGGUCACCGAUCGUCGUCGUCGAUAAUGAGCGAGUUGCAGAAUGUUGAUGUGGUUCUACGUUCAGAUGGGGAUAACUCCAAGGAAAUGAAGAAGAUGUUAGAGAGAUUAGAGGAAAGAACAGAGGAACUUGAGGCUGCACUUGAUUCUCUUUUCAAGUCUCUUGUCCAAUAUAGAGUUUAUUUGCUCAACAUUCUUACAACACACUCUUAGUUUAGUUAGUCUCUAAUUGUACACAAAACAUAUAUAGUAAUAGAUACUGAUUCUUGUAAGAAUUUAAUGGAUUCACUGGAAUUAUA